AUGUCUACCAUCGCUCUACCUUUCAUCCUCUUGGUCAUCGGCGUUGCCACCGUGACUUCGGUCAGGAAGCUGUUUUCCGCCCUCGCGAAAUAUACCGCGCAAAUUCGGGCUAGCGUCUCUGAUCUUUGGUCUCAAAAUUCAAAGACAUCCUUCAAUGCCGGUGGAGGACCGCUGUCGAGACAUGACGUCGUGUCGCUCUACAAAGAGGGCACCUGGCAGCGCCAAGCUUUCGACCGCUACACCUCGGUACUGCUCAACGAGGACUUGAUAUUCCCGUGCAUCUACGCCACCAAAGGCUUCAAUGGCAACGAGCAGCGCUUCGUCUUCAUCGACACUGACGACCUCUCCGACCAACGCCAUAUCAAGACUCUAGCACGUGCUCUCACCGCCUACCUCCCGCAAGCCCGGUCCCUGGGCCCCAACACCUCGCUCGUCCUCCUCGCCCGCGAAAACGACAAUCCCCGCACGAUCGAGGAGUACAACGUCGGUUUUUGGAAGUUGCUGGACGGCCUGGCGAGGCUCGAUAAGAAGGCGUGGCCGGCCGAUAUCCCGCAGGAAAUCGAUACGGACAGAUGGUGCUUCUGCUUUGGCGGGGAGCCGUUCUUCACUGUCGUGCAGACACCAGCCCAUCAAGUACGCCAAUCGCGCUACGCCAAAGGGCUGUCAAUCGUCUUCCAGCCCAAGUGGAUCUUCGAUAUUCUGUUCAGCACGGACGCGAAACGCGCCGGUGCUCUCUCUAAAGUCCGAUCACUGCUCGCGAAGUACGACACAAUCCCUGUUAGCCCCGAGCUGAAGAACUACGGAGAGGAGGGGUCGAGGGAGAGCAAACAGUACUUCCUCCUCGAUGAGAACUCGCCAGCCGACUGCCAUCUACAGGUCUUGGGGCAGUGA